UCGCGGGAUGGUCAGAAGGGAAAAUACAAUUAGAUCCGUUUCCCCGCGAUGGUUCUUUUAAAGAUGAAGAUAUGCGUGCUGCAAAAGAUAUGAUCUUUGGUUCUUGGGGUGACCCAGGAUGGCCAAUUGAUUAUAUGAAAGAUGCGUAUAAAGUUUGGAUGAAGAUGAAAACUUAUUGGGAUAAGGGUCCAGAGUUGAAAAAACAAGACAGCUCUCUCUCUCAGUCUCAGUUGAAACCUGAUACGUCCCUUCCCCCAUAUGAAUGUGUUGUUUCUGCUGAAAUUCCAAAGCCCUUGACCAAUCGAUUGUAUCCGCAGUUGCCGUCCACAACUGAAGUUUUUCCGUUUGUACAGCUUCCAGAUGGUUACAAAAUUACUCCUCUGAGUGUUACGGAGGCAGUGGCUAUUUGCAAAGAUCUGCCUGAUCCGGCUAAGUCACCACAUCAAUUUGUGGCAGUGCUGCAACGGUUAACUGCCUACAGUCAAUUGACGGGACGAGAUUAUAGUUUUAUUUUGACUAAAACACUGCCUGUGGAAAUCACAGAGGAGGAAAUGAUUGAAGAAGUUUAUUAUUUAAACCCCAUCUACGAUACACCGCCUGUUCGUCGUGUUGUAUCUCAGAAAGCUGGAGAUUCGAAGCCCCUUGAUUUGUCUAAACCUUCACGAGUGCUUCUAAUUACUGAUUCGGAGGAUGAAGAAGAGGAAUGUGAUUGGAUUUGGGCCAGCUCAGAAAAACCCACUCAUCCUUUCGUUCCAGGACAACAGGUGCUGAUAAAGUGUCUGAAGCCCACAAAACUGGGUGAGCCGAAAUAUCUGGGGCCCGCCACGGUGAUUGCUGUGACGAGAACAGGAGUGCUGACUGACUUCCAGCCGCAGUGGAUCCAUGCCAGUCGACUGAAAGCAGCUCCAUCCCAGGGGAACGUUCUGGUCAAUGAGGAGAAGGAAGCCAGUGAGCCAAGGAAAGAUCCGAAGGAAGGUGAACCAAGACGUUCAACGAGGAGAAGAAGAAAGAGAUUGCUAGAGAUCUAAAACCAGCAAUAAUUAUCAUUGAAGCUCUCUAGCCAUGAUUGCUAAAUUGACAUUUUACCUGGUUGUGCUGACAAAUGUGUUUAUUCACAUACAAGCUGCUGGUAGCACUGGUAAUGAAACUUGGGUACAUUAUGAAGAAGAACCACAUGCCUUCGCAGCUAACAUGUGGUGGAGAUUAGCCAACUACACUGCCAAAUCUGAAGGAAAAACAGGUGACUGUUAUGUUUGCACCAAAAUGCCACAUAGUGCUUCUGGACCACAUGUAGAGGUUAAAUCACCAAGGACAGAAGAAGAAUUAGAAUGCCCUAUUUUUGUUAGCAUUACUGGAAUGAUGGCUCCAAAUAAAAGUGCAAUAUGGAGUUGUGGAAAAAGUAGAAUAAUGAUGCUUGCAACGCAAGUACAUGCUAAAGUGACAACCAUUGGCUCUAUUCCAGACUCACUGUUAUGUAUGGAAAGAGAAACUGGAACAGUGAGACUGGGGGUAAUUCCUAAAAGUAAAUGUAAUCGAACAUACCAUCAUUGUGAGAUAGAAAAUAUGUCUUGUUGUAUGAGUUGUAUUUUGCAUUAUCCAAAAGCUAAUAUGACUGAGUGUUCUAAAAGAAAACCACAUCCUAUAUCUACUAUGAUUGCUUAUGGAUGGGCUAAUCCUUUUAUUCAAGAUGUGUGUUCUAAAUAUUGUGCACUUGUGCCAGGUCAAAAUUGCUACAGAUAUGCUCCUUCUUCACGGGGAACUAGAGCUGUCAAAGAUUGGUUUUGGCUGUGUGGACAUAAAGUCUACACUACUC